AUGGCACGGACGACAUCCGAGAGCAGCAACCGGAGCAUGGAUGCGGGUGGCGACGACGACGACUGGAAGUGCAAGGCCAUGGAGCUCAAGGAGAAGCGCCGCAUCCAAGAGAAGAAGAACCGGUGGCGCGAGUACAACCGCGCGAAGCAGAAGCUUUACGUGCACCAGAAGCGGUCCGAGCUCGAGAACCUGCGGCGAGAAGUCGCCGAUCUCGAGGCCAUACUUGCCCAACGACGACCCGACGUUCCUGCGCUAUCUUGGGAGGACGUCGCAGUGGGCCUUCACGAUGAGACCCAACUCGUGGUCUCGGAAAACCGCCUCCUCAAACAACAACGGGCGGCGUACGUCGAGUUUAUCAAGCUCAUGGCACGGUCCAUGGAAGACACGUGGCACACGAUACCUCAGAUUUUCCCGAUGGAGCUGCCGAUAUUUGCUGUGCGCAAGAUUGCGCUCCUCGCGUCGCCCGAGUCACGUCACGUCGGCUUUGACUGGCUCACGCACCUCGUGUACCAGAACACAGAUCUGAUCCUCGAGCGGUACCCGUUCACGGACGCGCCCGACGAGUUUGUCAUCGAUGACGUCAACAUCGACUGCCUUCAGUACGUCUGGCGCAGCCAGCGCGUCGUGGACUGCGUCAGCUUUGAACAAGUCGUUGCCGCCGUCGAGAAGCAUGUCGUGAGCAAGAUCAGCAUGGCUGGCCUCACGCCCGACGAGCAGCGCGUGAGCCACAUGCAUACAGUGCCGCUGGACCGCGAGGUGCUUCAAGGGACCAACAUAUCGUACUCGUGCGCCACAUUUGGAGACGAUCCGGUCUCGAAUGGCUCCAAGCUCCUCUUUCGCCGGUACUAUGGCCCCGAUCGGUUCAUCGCUGCGGGGCAAACGAUCACGGAAGACGAAGCCGUGCCCAGCUCGCGCUCGCUCUACCGCAAAUCGCUCUACUGGUGCAUUGUGGACCGCACGGCGCCGACAUGCACACGCGUCCGGACGGUGCUCUUGAGCUCGCACUCGUAUACAAAGAACGGGCAGUGUGUGUCGUUGCCGCAAGAAGCGCGGGCGUGGGGUCUCAUGCUCGACGAGCGAAGGAUCCCCGAAGCCGAGAUUCUGCCGAUUCUACUCCGGCACGUGCGCCGGAAUGGUGCGGCCGUGGGCGCUACGUGCGUCAAGCUCCUCGACAACAUGAUGGGAGCGAUACUCGAGUCGUCGUCGUCAAACGUCGUUGAGAGCUUCUAUGGCUUCUCCAAGCUCGCGAUCCGCGAUUGAGAUUGAGAUUCACGACGCGUUUAAACAGGCGAAUCCGAGUAUAAAACGCACCGCGCGAUCUUUUUGCGUGUCAAGCGCCACCCAAUCAUUGGGCGUUGCGUCCGCCAUUC